UUGUGCAGUGGUCUUUCUCUGCUGGUGAAGCAACGCAAGUAUUGCGAAACAAACUUACACGGGGUAUCAUCUACCUGAUUUGUGUCCUUCUUCUUACCUGACGCGUGUAUUACGCCAUGGAAUGUCAAUAACACGAACCCACAUUUCCUUAUAACCGCUGUUGUAAAUUUUCUCCAGAUAAAUCUUUUUUAGACCCCCCUUUUUUUAUAACUACAUAUUUAGAAGAACAAAUCAAAGAAGCGCAGCACUUAUAGACAAUAUGGCUCCCUUUGGAACAAACGCAGAUGCCCCGGACUCUCUAAUCAGCGCUGAUGACGGCCGCAAGUAUUGGUCUGGCAUCGACCCCGACGUCAACGGCAUGCUGGGCGGGUACCCUACCGUCUCGCGCAUCGACUUAAGAGGCUCGCGGAGCUUCCUGGCUAAACUUGGCCUGGGCCGUACUAAAGGCGUCAAGGCUAUAAAUAGGGCGAUGGAGGGCGGUGCAGGGAUUGGGCGCAUAACGCAAGGGCUACUUCUCGACGUUGCAGAGACAGUCGACAUCGUCGAGCCUAUCGCCAAGUUCACAUAUGCGCUCGAGGGCCUGCCGGGAGUAGGCCGAAUCUACAACGUUGGGCUCGAGGAGUGGCGGCCUGACGAUGAUGCGGAAUACGACCUCAUCUGGAACCAGUGGUGUCUCGGUCACCUGACCGAUCAGCAACUCGAGGAAUUCCUAAGACGGUGCAGCGCUGUGCUCAGUGUCGGCGACGAUGGGAAGACGAAAGGGGUUAUCGUGAUAAAGGAGAACUUGAGUGCGUCCAAAGAGGACUUGUUUGACUCGGAAGACAGCAGUGUUACAAGACAAGACGAGACAUUCAGGCGCAUUUUUGAGGAGGCAGGAUUACGCAUAGUUAAGACGGAGAUACAGCACGGGUUCCCUCACGAGCUAUACCCUGUGCGCAUGUACGCAUUGAAGCCGAAAUGAAGCUAAUAAACGAGUAAAAUACCUAAUCUUAAUAAUCCUACUGCAAUAGAGUCUUA